ACUAUCAUUCAUAUCAUCUUACCAUCGCUGUGGGAAAUCAAUACCAAACCAAAAUGUCCGCACAACACCGCAUAUUGUUCCUGAACGCCUCUCAGUUCACAUGCAGCUGAACGUUUUUGUGGAUAUUUCUGCUGUAAACAAAGUGAACUUUUGAAUGGCUGGUUCUGGCAUGAUGAUUCUGGCUUGGAUCGUAUUGUUUUUAUCAGUUAAUCUGGCUGAAUGCGUGCCAGAGAAGCCAAAGAGAUCCGCUCUGAACCAGCUGACCCGAACCCUGCUGAGGAAAUAUGACAGUGGAGUUCGACCUGUCCACAACUGGACCAGCUCUACUACGGUCUACAUAGACCUCAUACUGCAGUCUGUCCUCGAUGUGGAUGGAAAGACCCAGAGCAUUACUACAAGCAUUUGGUACAGACAGAUCUGGAGGGAUGAGUUCCUCGUCUGGGACCCGGAGGACUUUGACGGCAUCACUGAGCUCUCUCUCUCCUCUGACGCCAUCUGGGUGCCUGACGUCAUCGUCACCGAAUUUGUGGAAGAGGGAAAGUCCCCUCCCAUCCCCUACGUUUAUGUCAACUCGUCUGGUUCUGUGAGGAACUACCGGCCGAUCCAGGCGGUGCUGGCGUGCAGCUUGGAGAUGUACGCCUUUCCUUUUGACAGGCAGAACUGCAGCCUCACCUUUCGCAGCUGGCUUCACUCAGUGAAAGAAAUCGACCUGGCUCUGUGGAGGAGCGCAGAGGCCAUAGCGGGCGAUAAGAGGGAGUUCAUGAACGAUGGCGAAUGGGAACUGCUGUCCGUUCCAUCCCAGUACUGGCAUAUCCACCAAGACGACGCCGACUAUGCUCAGAUCCAGUUCAACCUGCUGAUCCGCCGGCGCCCCCUGCUGUACGUGGUCGGCCUCCUCAUUCCCAGCAUCUUCCUCAUGCUGGUGGACGUGGUGAGCUUCUGCCUGCCUCUGAACAGCGGGACGAGAAUCGCCUUUAAGAUCAGCAUUCUGCUGGGUUACACCGUCUUCAGGGUCAACCUGACAGACGAACUGCCUGCCACCGCUCUCAGGACUCCUCUCAUUGGUGUGUUCUUCGCGGUGUGCAUGGCCAUGCUGAUGCUGAGUCUCAUCAAGUCCAUAUUGGUGGUGAAGCUGCUGCAUCACAGCGAGAAAGAGGUCAAGCAAAUGUCACUGUCUGCCUGCCUGCUGGACCGGUACGGCUCAGCCGGCCACAGCCUCAGCGAGAGCGCUUUGACCUCCAUCAAAACCCUCGACAACAUCUGCGCGCCUGGAGAUUAUGAGCUUGAAAGCUCCCUGGAGGAAGAUCUCCUGUCCCUGAAUGACGUCCCAGAUCCUCCCUCUGGCCUGGAGUUUCUUCUCCAGGAACUGGUUUCCCUUCGGAUGGCUUUUUCCCAGGAGGACAGUGAGUCUUCAGCUCAGGCCGAAUGGCUGUCGCUCUGCCUGCGGCUCGACCGCUUGCUGUUUCGCCUCUACCUGCUGGUUUUAGCCGUGUACACCGGUACGCUGCUGCUGCUGUGGGCCAGAUGGAGCUUCACUUGAGCCAGCAGCACAUUGAGGCCCCGGCUCCUGAAAUACGAUCAACUUGGUGGUUCGGUUCAACCAGUAUCGCUGAUUGGGAAACUCAUUCAGAAGAGAAGUCAUUCAAUUUAGACAAACUUACUGUACUGUAAAUGGUAUUACUAAGUCAUAGAUUUUAUAAACAAUUAUCUAAAAGUUUUGCAUUUCUUUUUUUUUCUAAAAGAAUGACCAUGUUUUAGAGGCUCUGAACUUCCUUUUAUUGCAAAAAGUGAUUGAACAAGAGCUUUUAGAUGCUCUGAUUGACUCCUUCUACAAUUGUUAGUCUGUAUUUUUUUUUAUUUGUUGCGUAUACUAAAUCAUAUAUAUUUUUUAAUCAAGUUUCAAUUGACUUGUUUUGCAUGACUUGCAGGACAAUCUGCGGUCUUAGUAGCCCUGGAUUCAAGUUCAGACUUUGACACCAAGAAGCUAGGGAGGCAUAUUUUUGAUUUAGAAAUAUUUAUUUUGCAAAAUCAAACUUUAAACCAUAUCAUUGGUUAUUCUUAAUGCAUGGAAUUCCACAGGGUUCUGUUCUUGAUCCUGUUUAGUUUGUGUCUUAUUUGUUUCCCUUAUCUUAUAUGAGCAUCACCAUGUAAUGUAAGAAGCUUUUUUUGUGGCGAGUCAAACAUCCAUUAGGCAUCUGCAGGUGAUGUGAAACGCUAUUAUGUGUAUUUUUUUGCUUUAGCAUUUGGCACAAUUUAAUUUAAUAGACUCCAAUAUGUGUAUUUUCAUGUCCUUUGCAUAGAAAUUUGUGAACCACUUUGAAGUGUGUCAUUAAUAAAGGCAGUGUGUUAUUUUUUACUAUCUGAGAUAUCUAAAAUCACUGGUGCGCUGAUGACAUUCAGCUAUUUGUUCCUACUGUACAUUUUGAACCCUAGAGUACUGCAAAGCUUUUCACAAGGCCAUAAAAUCCUGGUUUUCAGAGGUAAACGAAAACAAAAUGGAGGCUCCGAAGACUUUUAUCUAAAAGAAAACAUCAAUAAAGUCUCCUCCAUGUCGGAGGAUGAGUUACGCUCUCAUGACGCCAAACAUGAAUGUCUGGGCCUCAAUUUCAAAAAUUACGAAACAAAAAACAUCGCAGAGAGUCAUCGUAAUCACAGUAAAACAUGUUGGGGGCAGCAUCAUAAUAUGGGGUUACCUUUGAGGUUUUAUUUUCUCAUCACAGAUGCAAACAUGAAUAGUUAGAAAUCCUGGAAAGCAGAAAAUUGAACGAGGAUUUAAUUUUUCAGUCUACAGACGGAUGCGUUACGUCACGUUGAUGAUGUGAUGGCAAAGACAGAAAACUGAAAUUCUACUCAAGUUUUAGUUUAAGUUUGUGCACGAAAAACAUUCAGGCAACUUUGUUUCUUACAAUUUUCCUCCAAACAGAUUUAUUUGUUUCACAGUUGAA